AUGAAAGAUCAAUACCUCCGCUUAGUGUGCGUACGGGGCCGCAAAGCCAAUUGGCGUCGUAUAUCUGUGGUGAACCCUAUGAAUCUUCUCGUACCCCUACUUGCAAUGCAAAAAUCGAUGGAUCCAGUCAGUGUUUUGAAAAGCUCGCCUAGGCGCUCGCCUAGGCGAGAAGCGAGGCGAGGCGAGCUUAUCUCGCCUGGAGGACCCCAGGCGAAGCGAACGUGA